CUUACUCCUGUUCUUUUCGACUUCCUUUGGAAAGACAGAAACUCUUGAAUUUUCCAGGGAGAUCUUCCGGUUGUCAUGCCCCCUCAACCAUGUAUACACUGAAGUUGGGGGCUGCUUCUCAGAAUGUGUACUCUAAGAACUGCUUGAGGUUUUGAGCAACUUCCAGGACUCACAUGUGUCCUCGUGGUCACAAGACGGCUGAAUGGCAGAUCCCCUGAAUAAGACACACAAGCUGUCAGAAGAAUUUGUAGGAUGGGACUUCAUCCGUGAAUAUCAAUUCUCUACCAUUGUGUUGAAAAUGCCGGCCCUCUUUAUUUGCUAGAUGAAGCCUCUCCCAGUUAUUCUGCGAUCCAAGGCUCUGUUUAAGAAAUGUCUGCUUUUGUGUCCCAAGCUCACAAAUAAUUUUACAUAUGGAAUAGAACCCAAGAGAGGGUGGAGCCAGCCAGGGAGUCUCAGUCAUUUGUCCUCCCUGAAAGACGAGGUCUGCGGGCUUGGGCACCUGCCUCUGUGUCUCCCUCAGCUUCUAGGCUAAUAGUUGUCGGGAAAUGCAUGCUUCUUUUUAUGAAACACAUGCCAAAGAGCCGAGGUCCAGGGGCUAAAAAUAAAUCUCUGCCAUCAAAAGAAUCAAUGAAAUGAACCUUUGCCAGGACCCGAAUGCUCCUGUUUCCCUGAAACGCGUCUGCUGACACUGAGUUGUCAAGGACUUGAACUCAAGUAAAAAUGCUAUGAAACAAAUGGUACAGUCCCUUUGGGAUAACCACUGCAUCAUGACCCGACGUAGAGAACCCACUGCGGGAAGUUUCCAUUUUGUUUGCAUCCUGGCCUUCAUAGUUGGAAUCAUGAUCCAGUUCUCUGAUGAACGUGAGUCUGCAGUAGACUAUUCAAACAGGAACCUAACUCGUGUCCCCAAAGACCUGCCGCCAGGAACAAAAUCCUUAAAUCUGUCUCAAAACUCCAUCCCCGAGCUCCAGAUGUCUGAUGUUCGCUUUCUACCGGAGCUGAGGGCUCUGAGGCUCUCCCAUAACAGAAUCCAGAGGCUUGAUUUUGGUGUGUUCAAGUUCAGCCCGGAUUUAGAAUAUCUGGAUGUCUCUCACAAUCAGUUGCGAAACAUCUUUGGCUGCCCUGCGGUGAGCUUGAAGCAUUUAGACCUCUCAUUCAACGACUUCGACGUGCUGCCCGUGUAUAAGGAAUUUGCCAACUUGACGCACCUGAGUUUCUUGGGAUUAAGUGCUACGAAGUUCCGACAAUUGGAUCUGCUCCCGAUUGCUCACUUGCACCUAAACUACAUUCUUCUGGACUUAGUGGGUUAUCAUGUCAAAGAUGGUGAGAAUGAAGGUCUUGAGGUUCUGAAUACCAACACUCUUCAUUUGGUCUUUCAUCCAAGUAGCUUGUUCUCUGUGCAAGUGAACAUAUCUGUGAAUGCUUUGGGAUGUUUACAAUUGAGUAAUAUUAAAUUGAAUAAUGGAAACUGUCAAAGGUUAAUUACAUUUUUAUCAGAACUCACCAGAGGUCCAACCUUAUUCAAUUUGACUCUCCACCACAUGGAAACAACCUGGAAGUGCUUUGUUGAACUUCUCCAAUUUCUUUGGCCCCGACCAGUGGAGUAUCUCAAUAUCUACAACCUAACGAUAACUGAAAGCAUCAAUCAUGAAGAGUUUAUUUACUCAGAGACAGCACUGAAGGCGCUGACAAUAGAGCAUGUCACAAACCAGGUGUUUAUCUUUGCAAAGGAAGCGCUGUACUCCGUGUUUGUGGACAUGAACAUCAGGAUGCUGACCAUCUCACACACACCUUUCAUACACAUGCUCUGCCCUCACUUCCCAAGCAAGUUUACGUUUCUGAACUUCACCCAGAAUGUGUUCACAGACAGUGUAUUCCAAGGCUGUUCCACCUUAGGGAAACUGGAGACACUUAUCUUACAAAAGAAUAGCUUGAAGAACCUUUCCAUGGUAGGGCUCAUGACUAAGAACAUGUUCUCUCUGGAAACUUUGGAUGUUAGUUUGAAUUCCUUGGACUCUCAUGCAUAUGAGGGAACAUGCACUUGGGCUGAGAGCAUAUCGGUGUUAAAUCUUUCUUCAAACGUACUUACUGACUCUGUCUUCAGAUGCUUGCCCCCCAAGGUCAAGGUCCUUGACCUUCACAACAACAGAAUCAUGAGCAUCCCUAAAGAUAUCACCUACCUGCAAGAUUUGCAGGAACUCAAUGUUGCAUCCAAUUCUUUAACGGACCUUCCCGGAUGCAGGGCCUUCAGCAGCCUUUCUGUGCUGGUCAUCGAGCAUAAUUUAGUUUCCCACCCCUCAGUGGAUUUCUUCCAGAGCUGUCAGAAGAUCAGGUCCUUAACAGCAGGGAACAACCCGUUCCGAUGCACUUGUGAGCUGAGAGAGUUUAUCAAAAACAUAGGCCACGUGUCAGGAGAAGUGGUAGAGGGCUGGCCCGAUGCUUACAGGUGUGACUCCCCAGAAAGCGCUAAGGGGACCCCACUGCAGGACUUCCACAUGUCUCCAUUGUCCUGCGAUACUGUUCUGCUGAUUGUCACUGUCGGGGCCACUUUGCUGGGGUUGGUUGCCAUCAUGGCUUUCCUCUGCCUCUACUUUGAUCUGCCCUGGUACCUAAGGAUGAUGUGUCAGUGGACACAGACCCGGCACAGGGCCAGGAACAUCCCUGAAGAGGAACUCCAGAGGAAGCUUCAAUUCCACGCUUUUGUCUCAUACAGUGAACAUGAUUCCACCUGGGUGAAGAAUGAAUUACUACCAAACCUAGAGAAAGAUGGCAUACAGAUUUGCCUCCAUGAGAGAAACUUUAUCCCUGGCAAGAGCAUCGUGGAGAACAUCAUCCAUUUCAUCGAGAAGAGUUACAAGUCCAUCUUUGUGUUGUCUCCCCACUUCAUCCAGAGUGAGUGGUGCCAUUAUGAGCUCUACUUUGCCCAUCACAAUCUCUUCCACGAAGGGUCUGAUAGCUUAAUCCUGGUCUUGCUGGAGCCCAUCCAGCAGGAUAACAUUCCCAGUAGGUACCACAAGCUGCGGGCUCUUAUGACACAGCGAACUUACUUGGAAUGGCCUGCGGAGAAGAGCAAACGUGGACUCUUUUGGGCCAACCUUAGAGCUUCUUUUAGUACAAAGUUAAUAUUAGUCCAUGAAGAGGACAUGGGAACUUGAAGUUUGGAUUUCCAACUUACUGAACUGCCAACUUGGACUCCCAUGAGCAUUGUGGUUUUACGUCCCUAGCUCGAGCUACUUCUUUUAUGGCGCCCUAGUUCCGGGUCUGUGACUCUGAUAAACAGCAUAACGGAGGAAAAGUCUUCUCCGGGCUUGUGGUUGCAGUCUAUCUUGAAGGGGAAUCGAGGCAGGAACUUAAAGCAGGAGUCUGGAGGCAGGAAUUGAGGCAGAGACUGUGGAAGAGGGCUGCUUUCAACCUUUCUCUCCGCAUCUUGUUCCGUGUGCUUUCUUAUCGCACCGAGGGCCACCUGCCCAGAGGUGGCAUCACCUACUAGGGGCUGGACCCUCCCACAUCAAUAGUAAUCAAGAAAAUGUCCCACAAGCCUGCCUGCAGUCUGACAGAGACAUUUUCUUAUUUGAAGUUCUUUCUUCCCAAAUGUGACCCUAGCUGGUGCCAAGUGGACAAAACGAAAACAAACAAAAACAAACAAACAAACAAGCAAAAACCUAACACAUAUGAUUUGGAGAUAAAAUGUCCCUAACGGCUCAUGCUUGAAGGCCUUGAGGAAGAUUCUGAUGGUGCUAUCUUAAGUAGCUUACAAAGGUGCUAACUUCAUCAAUGGAGUUACCCACCGCUGAGUUCACAGCUGUACGGGUCAUUAGGAUGGGGGUCCUAAAUCUAGGAAGUAGGUCAUUAAGGACAUGCCUUUGAAGGUUAUAUUUUCUUCAAGGCUCAUUUUUCUUUCUUUUCUUGCUUUUUUUUUUUGUUUUUUGAGACGGGUUUUUCUGUGUCACAGUUUUGGCUGUUCUGGAACUCACUUCAUAAACCAGGCUGGCCUUGAACUCACAGAGAUCCACCUGCCUCUGCCUCCCAAGUGCUGGGAUUAAAGGUAUGCGCCACCACCGCCCAGGGUUUUCUUGUUGUUCUUAAGUCAGGAUCUCACCAUAUGUAGUUCAGAUUGUCCCUGAGCCUAGUGUGACCCUCCUGCCUCAGCCUCCCAGUGCUGGCAUUGACAGAGAUGAGCUGCCACAGUUAGCUUAGGAGUGUGUUCUCGCACUCUCUCCCCACCUCUUCCCUGUGCUCCAGCAUCACCAUAGGGUGAAUAAUCCCCCCCACACACAUGUCCCCACUGCCAUGAUACUCUGCAUGACCUCAGGUCCCAAAGCCAGGGACUCAGGUGAACUUGGAUUGAAGCCAUGGUCACUUCCUCCUUUGUUCACAUGAGGUCUUCAGUCACAGCGGCAAAAGGCUGACAGACACAGUUUCUGUCUUCUCCGUGUCUUUGGCAGAGAGUAGAUGGACAUUCUGGUGCCAUUGAGCUGUGGGCUGAGGCUGCAGGGUGGGUGCGACACUCGGUUUAUUAGUCAGAGGCAGCUCAGUUGCAUCCGGCUUGCCUGUCUGUUCUCACGGUGACACAGUCAUUUUUAGGGAAAUACUCUAUCCUUCACAGAGAGUUCCCUUUCCCAGAUGGAGCAGUAAGCUCUACAUGGCUUCCUGUGAGCCAGACAGAGGGCAAUGGUAUGCGUCCGUCCUCACAGAGUCCCUUAGUUGCUUAUCGACCUGCGGCUGGGCUUCACCCUCCUGUGUGUGUUCAGGUAGAUUGGUAUACGCUUCGUCAGCAGGCAGGAGGAGCUGAAGAUGUUCACAGGUUUAGAGAAGAAAAAAUUCUCGCCUGAUGCUACAAAAAUGGAGGGGGAGGGGGUUAUUGUUGACUAAAUUUUUUUCUUUUCGUUUAUUUGUGUGUUUUGAUUUUUCUUGGUGAAUGUUUUAUUUGGAGAAUAAAACAUUGAAAUUA